GCCGCCGCGGCUGCCCCGGCACGGCCGGCUGCCUCCCGGGGCGGAGCAGCGCGGCCCCGGCCCGCGGCAGCGGCAGUAGCGGCAGUAGGUAUCAUUUCAGAGCUCACUUGAUUCAAAAUGGCUUUGAUUAGCCGAAAAACUUUCCAGUUGUAUUCAUCCAGCACACCAGCAAGCAGGUCUGCUUUGAUGACCCUAAGCAAAAGGUUGAACUUCAUCAGUGGGCAGCGAAAACCCCAAAACCGUAGCUCCGUGGCCAUGAAGAUGCUGUGUGUCAAAGAUAAAUCUCAGUAUACGUUUUGUAGGAAAAAACACGUACAACUGCAGAUGCAGCCACUUUCUGUUAAUGAAGCUGUGCAUCUUUGUGGAGAUACGAGGAACUGUACUAAAUCAAAUAAUGUGUGGAUGGAUGAACAAUUAUUUUUCAAGAAGUUGAACAACUUUUGUACAUCAAAAGAGAUUUUUGAUUUUCUUAGCUCUGUAGAGGUCAUGUCUGAUACAAUGGCCUCAGGAGCCCUGCAGAAGAUUUCUGAAGUUGAGGUGGAUGACAAUGGUCUUAAAAACCCUGGACUGUUAGAGAAUGAAGUUUUCAGGGCAUUAUGCUUCCAGUUUGAGUUUGAAUCCUCAAAACUGUCAAACAGGGGGCUGUUAAAUGCAUUGCAGGCUUUGAUAAAGCUUCGUAUAGAUCCGCAGAGCACGCUGAUGACAAGCCUGCUUUCGGAGAGCAAGGAGCGGCUUGGCAGGGGACAGCUGACUGCUGAAAAUCUGUGUGCUCUUGGAGAGAGUUUGCUUGAGUUAGAAGGCCCAAGUUGUGCAACGCUGGAACAAAUUGUGAACCACAUGCAAGAAAGAGACAUUAAGAGUUGGAGUCCCAGGGAAAUAGUGAUGGUUUAUAAGAUACUGCAAGUGACUGUGGGGGAAGGGAAACAAUGCCAAAACUUGCUAAACAGACUGAACAGUGUCACUUUAUGCACAGUUUCCCACCUGAGCCCAAACUUUGCAAGUGUAAUACUGAAUUCACUGGUGGUUCUUCGUCAGACUCAGGCAGUUCCCUUAGUCACUGCACUGUGUAAACAUUCAGUGAAGCAUGUUCCCUAUUUCACAGAUCAGGAACUGGUAAAUGUACUGGAAGCUUUCCUAUACUUUGGGCAAAGAGUGCAAAUUUUUACAGAGGCACUGGAAAGACAUGUCCCCAAGUCCAUCCACACUAUGCAUCCUCAAACGGUCAGCAAGGUCAUGCAGUAUUGCUGCAAAAAGAUGAUUCUUUCAAAGCCCAUCUUUGAUGCAGUGGCAGAAGGUUUCAUUUCCAGUGCUGACAGACUUACCCCUGACCAGAUUGCUGCAUAUAUUAUCCCAUUUGGGACCCUUAAUUACCUGCCUCCAAGUGCUUCUUCCUUGUUUAGGAAGCUUGAGGCUGUGCUGCAUACCCGCCUGAGGCACUUUCAGCCUCACACCUUGCUGAACCUGCUACACUCGUGUGUCCUUAUUCAACGUUAUCCGAUAAAUUUCCUGCCAAAAAUAUUUAGUCCCUAUUUUCUGCAAAAGCUUCAAGCUCAGCCACCUGGUUUGAACAGAGUUGUUAUGUUCCAGCUAACCCAGCUUUUUCUGACUGUCACCCUGGAGUGCCCAUUUUAUGAGGGUCCGAAACUCCUUUCUAGGUACCAAGUAAAGGCCUUUCCCACACCUCAGAGUUCUCCUGAUGUUCACCUCUUUAAAAGGGUGAAGACAGGAUUACUUUAUUUACUGAAAAAAAGAAUAUAUUUUGCAUCAGAGGUAUCAACACCAUAUUUCUAUGUAGUUGAUAUUGAGAUUAAAUUAGAUGAAGAAGGUUUUGUAUUGCCUGCGGCCCAACUUGAAGAGGUACACAGACGAAUUGCCCUGUGUGUUGAUGGUCAAAAUAGAUUUUGUGCUCAUAGCCACAAUCUGUUGGGAGAAGAAGCUAUUAAACAGAGACACCUUCAGUUACUUGGUUAUGACGUUGUGCAGAUUCCAUUUUUUGAGAUAGAAAGUCUACAAAAUAUCAGAAAAAUAGCAGAUUAUCUACACAAAAAAAUCUUUCCUUGUACAUAUGGACUCAGCAACUGACACUGGAGAAUACUACUGGAUAACAGGCUGAUCUUCUAUACUACAAAGUGUAAAUUCUGUGCAUGGAAGAAAAAUUAUUUUUUCUAAGUAACUGCACCUCAGAAAAAGUGAGCUGAGUGUGAAACCUUCCAAUAUUUGGAACAAUUGACAUGUAGAGAGUAAUAAAGAGCAUCAUAUUUUCUUAA